AUGGUUGAAGCCAAAGUAGGUCAUUCAAUGAACCACAGGGAUAAAUUCGGAAUACGCUCUAGAAAAGGAAAUAGAUCGAUUGAAACAUAUCAACUCAGUCAAAGAGACAUUGCACCACGUUGCAUUAAACCAAUCGGGGACAUAUUGAACGAACUCCCCGAGCCCGAGUAUAAUGCCUUCAUGAAAAGUUUAGUAGAGUUUCAUAAGUCCCAUGGCAACAAUUGUAAAAACAUUGCUGAUUGUUAUGGUAUAAUUAUUGCGAUUAUUGUUUCUCAUAAUAAUAGUAGUUUAUUUGGUCCUUUUAACAACAGUGGUUCAUUUAAUGCUUCUGAUGAUGAUAAUUCAUUUGGUUCUUAUGGUGAUAGUGGUUUAUUUAGUCCUUAUGGUAACAGUAAUUCAUUUAGUGCUUCUGAUAAUA